ACCAUAAAACAGGUGAUAAUUUGGUACUUCAAAAACCGUCAUAAAAAAUGUACACAUCAACAUGAGGUUUGGGCUUAAUUUUUGAAAAUUGCGCCGUGGAAAUGUACUUAACUAUUUAAAAAGAUGAUGAACCCCGAGGUAGAGGAACACAUUAGGAAAAAUAUCACGUGGCAGAGGUUGCCAACCCAUAUCAAACAAAUUCUUAAUAAUUCUUCUAAAGAAUAUGAACGAUCUAUUAUCAAUUUUAGCAUCAAGAACCAACUCCGGUACCGGGGAAAUUUAGUUCGACAUGUGUUCAAAGAUGAGAAGAGAUAUUAUGAGAGAGUCGUCUCAUAUAGUAGAGAGCGUCUCAUGUUGUUUCCAUAUCAUCUUGCUGACAUGAUAGUUAAAGGUCUUAGGAUUACACCUUUUAACUAUUAUAUUUCCGUAGUGGAAAGGUUGAUGCAGGCUGAAAAAAGUUACGAUACCUUGCCAAACUUCACAGCCGCCGACUGCCUAAGGCUAUUAGGAAUAGGUCGCAAUGAGUACAUCGAAUUAAUGAAUAAAUCGAGGUCUAACAGGGGUCGUUUGUUUGGGAGAAAAAAUGUCAGAGUACUCUUACCCACUGUGCCCGUUAACAUUCACAUAGAGCCUUGGUGGAGGGUAGAGGUAGGCCUAAUUUUGGAAGAGGAUGUGAAGAUGGUUAAUGAAGAUGAAUUAGCAGUUAUUGAUAAAUUAAUAGAUUUGGGGUCACUGAACGCCGGUGAUUUGGAUUACCUUAUAGUACUUAGUUUGUACAAAAAAGGGCUUAUUUAUUUAGAUGUUCCUAUAACAGCCGUUGAUAGGGUCAGGGUUCCGCCUUUACAAGGGUUUGUGAUGAAUCGCAUUCUUGGCGACUACUUUGAGACACUGUUAUACAAAAUAUUUGUGUCAAUUGAUGAACAGACAACUGUAGGUGAACUAGCAACAGUUUUGGAAAUAGAAACAGAACUUGUUAAGCAAGCUGUUUCUCUGUACUGUCGGCUCCAGUUUGCGUGCAAAUUGGACCCAGAGACAGAGAUUGAAAGAUCCAGACGACAUCCAUCCUGGUUUGACCUGGUCAUUUUUGCUAACAAAUCACGGACCGACAUCACACCCCUAACAUUGUCAUUCACUGCCACGACCGGUUCCCCGCUCCUGGUUUCCCCCACCACAGCCGAAUUGCCCUCUCCCAUAAGUCCCGUGCACCCGUCUUCAGCCGGGAACGGCCUCCGGGUCGCUUUCCUGUUCGACUCCGCGCUCACGGCGUUCCUCAUGAUGGGCAACCUGUCGCCUGGUCUGAAACGACACGCGGUUACCAUGUUCGAAGUGGGCAAGCUGCAGCACGAGUCGGUGGACAGUUUCUUGGCUGAACUGGAGAAAGUUUCGGCGAUGGACGCAGAUGGGGAGGGUGAGGCGCGGAGGUUCUUCGAUCACGCGGUCAUUUUGAGGUCGACGAUCUUAGCGCUGCGCAAAAUGGCCGGACCUGGUCUGGACCUGGUACGCUUGGAGAGCCUAAACUCUCUCGACGAGGCCGCCUGUCAACGUCUAUUGCGUCGCAAGUACCGCCUGCUGGUGUGCAUGGCGCCUCUUGGUCGCGACGUUAGGAUAGCGCCGGUGCCUCCGCCUCCCGUAUUAGGCCCCACCCACCCGGAGAUCAACAGCCUGUGGUUCCGGUUCUUUUUGUACCAUGUAACGGGCUACGGGCCGCCGAGCCUGCUUCUUUCCAAGGGCACCGCCGUCAAGCAACUGCCGAGGAUGUUUCUGGGCUUCACCAGGCUCCUGGUGACGUCGUGGUUGCAUGAGCCGGCGGUGGUGCCGGUUGGCAAUUUCUUGUACGUGAACGCGACGUUGCAAUUUGCUCCCGUGUUAGUACAAGGUUUCGGAGUGCAUCAGCCGGCCGAAACGAAAAUACUGCCCUUCCCGUUUCGGAGUGGAACGCCCUCCAAAGCGUUCGACCCCAGCCCUUUGCCGAACCACCCUGUUUUAUCUAUUCUGGCCGAAGUUUUGGACCUGGAGCACAGCUGCGGUUAUCUGACGUUCGCGAAUGUAGGCGUCUUGGAUUUUGGCCGUCCCAAAGGGGCGGAGCGGAGAGUGCAACUAAGAGGUGGGGGGAAAUCGGGGGCACCGGGAGCAUCUAGGACCCUAAAAGAGGCGGUCAGCGAGGAAAAACUGAGGACUCCUGUGGAAUCGCAUUUCGCUGUAACGCCCGAGGACGGCGCCAGCCGCUCGUCUCCUACCAAUGGGUUCACCAGCCAAGAUUGCAGCACCCUGCUGCAAGAAGAGCUCGACCAGCUGGCCAUAAAAGAAACGACCUCGAACCUAGACCGGAACGAUUCGGUCGAAAUGCUGCUGAGUCCCACGGAGGAGCACGUCGGUAUAUUCAGUCGAGAGUCGCCGGAGGGCGCCACCGACCAUGUAGUCAAGGGAAACGGCGAAAGUUACAAGUUACCGGACCUCCAUGACGACAGCCACAAGAUGUGGACUCUGUUAGAUUGUCACUUCGGGGUGCCGCUCUUCGACGCCGACGCAAACACGAAAAUCUGUGACGCCAUAAUUUCUGCCGGCCUCGCCGAAGCUGAGAGUUUAGAACGUUUGGCCGAGUCCAGUAAAAAUCUGGGAACGGUUCUGCUAGAUUUUAUAUCUCAGUGUCAAUACAUUCCGGGUGAAAACAUGGAGAUAAUGAAGCGGGGCAAACUGGUCCCGUUGCCAACGAGGAAUUUGGUGUUCGAUAACGGCAGGGUCAGCGAAUGGACGGGAAAGUGAAGUUCGUCAUGUACAUUCCUAUCAAAUACGCGAAAUAUUUUUAUAUUUUAAGGCAAUAACUUUUUAUUGUAAUGGCCGGCGUUCGUUGUGUAGCCUUUUCAAAGCAAUUUUAAAGGAUUAAAACGCAAUAUGUUUGCUUAAUGUAUGCCGAAAUCACAGUUAGGUUUCUGUAGAAAUUUCUUAUUUUAACGUACUUAAGUCGUGUCCUUUCGACAAAAAGAGGUUGUUAUGUUGUUACCAUUUCACUUUUUACCACGUUGCAUUUAUUUAUUUUUGACUAUUUCGGGGGCUUCGGUUGUGCUGCGGCGGUAGUUCAAAUGUACCGGGCGGCAUUUGGGAAGAUUACAUACUAAUUUCUCCUGUCUAAAACGAGUAUCGUCGCAGCUGUUGUAUAGUAUUGUCCUAAACAUUCCAUUUUUAAAUAUAUUUUUUAUUUCUCGUG